AUGGAGUACGCGGAGAACGGCAACAUGUUCACGUACCUCCAGAAGAUGGAGCCGACGGAGGCACAAAUCCGCUCGUGGUUGUUGCAGAUCCUGUGGGCGUUCUCGCACAUGCACACGGCGUGGGGGCCGACUUCGGGUUCGCCAGGUUCGUGGACCGAGGACGAACCCCUGGGGCGGACACGGUGUGAGGCACGAAGACCUACAUACGAGCUCCUGUACGGCAAGCGACGUUACAACCCGGUGGACGUGUGGGCGAUCGGCGUCGUGCCGUUCAUAAUGUCCAACAAAGUGCCGCCGUUCCCGAACAGCCACAAUAAAGAGUUACACAGGAAACGGAUGGAGGAUAAACAUUUUGCAUUUCGAACGUCGUUGGGUCGAAGUGGAACGCUGAGAGAUUUGACUGACACGUUCUUGGAGCCUAAUUUUCUGAAGCGCACAAAAAUCAAGACCGCUUUGCAACAUCCCUGGAUCAAAGAAGGCAAUAUCGAAAUGCCCGCGGAUGUGGCCAUAGCAAACGAAACGAUCACGGCCAGUAUAAGCGAACCAAUAGUAACAGGGACUUCAUUGAGGGUACUUGCAUAUCAUUACCAGGUGCCGGAAUACGAGAAAUCAAUUAGUACCGACAACGAGUUCUUCACAGCAGUUAUAGAGGAAAGCGAGGUUGUUGAACCUAAAACAUUGAAACUGAAGAAAUGA